AUGAGAUCUACCUUCCCGGGCAGGACCCCGACAGCCCAGCACCCCGGCUUUCUGCUUCUUCUGCUCUCUCUCUGGCUACACUCAGGUGCUGUAGGCAAAGAGCUGAAGUGUGCAACGCUGGUGUUUCGGCAUGGAGACCGAAGUCCCAUUGAAACAUUUCCCAAUGACCCGAUUAUGGAGUCCUCUUGGCCACAAGGAUUUGGCCAGCUCACCCAGCUUGGCAUGGAGCAGCAUUAUGAACUUGGCCAGUAUAUAAAGAAAAGAUACAGAAAGCUCUUGAAUGAGUCCUAUAAUCGUGAACAGGUGUAUAUUCGAAGCACAGAUGUGGACCGGACUCUGAUGAGUGCCAUGACAAACCUCGCAGCCCUGUUUCCUCCGGAGGGAACCAGCAUCUGGAAUCCCACCCUCCUCUGGCAGCCUAUCCCCGUGCAUACCGUGUCUCUGUCUGAAGAUCGGCUGCUCUACCUGCCCUUAAGGAACUGCCCCCGUUUCCAAGAACUUGAGAGUGAGACUUUGAAAUCGGAGGAAUUCCAGAAAAGACUUCACCCAUACAAGGACUUUAUCGAAACUUUGCCAUCGCUGUCAGGAUUCCACGGACGAGACCUCUUUGGGAUUUGGAGCAAAGUCUAUGACCCUUUAUAUUGUGAGGGUGUCCACAAUUUUACGUUACCUUCCUGGGCCACAGAGGAUACCAUGACUAAGCUGAAAGAAUUAUCAGAAUUAUCUCUCCUGUCUCUCUACGGAAUUCACAAGCAGAAGGAGAAAUCGAGACUCCAGGGAGGUGUCCUGGUCAAGGAGAUCCUCAAGCACCUGAAGAGUGCAACUCAGACAGAAAAAUACAGGAAACUUGUUAUGUAUUCUGCGCAUGACACUACUGUCAGUGGCCUACAGAUGGCACUAGAUGUCUACAACGGCAUCCUUCCUCCCUAUGCUGCCUGCCACUUGAUGGAAUUGUACCAGGAGAAGGGAGAGUACUUCGUGGAGAUGUAUUACCGGAAUGAGACGCACCGUGAGCCCUACCCCCUCACGCUGCCCGGCUGCACCCACAGCUGUCCCCUGGAGAAGGUUGUAGAGCUGCUCGCGCCUGUGAUUCCCCAAGACUGGUCCACAGAGUGUAUGACCACAAGCAACCACCAAGUUCUAAGGGUGAUCCUCGCUAUUGCCUUUUGCCUGGUGUCUGGUGUCCUCGUGGUGCUACUGUUCCUUCUCAUCCGUCACGGGCCCUGCUGGCAGAGAGAUGUCUAUCGGAACAUCUAAACUACAGCCGGACAAGAGCAGACAAGCAGGGCCAACUCUGGUGAUACCUCAUGUCUUAAGUGAUGCAGAGUUUCUGAAGGACAGGCUUUUUGUUAUGUGAGCAUCGCUUGACCACACAUCCUUUCUUGUGAACCUAUCUAUUUGGAGCAUGGUGUGAGCUCACAGGUAUCAGGGGCAGCUGCUGGACUCCCAGAGUACUUAGCUAGGUCUUCUCACCCUGAGCAUCACAGGGUACUGAGCUAGGUCUUCUCACCACUGGGUAUUGAGCUAGGUCUUCUGGUCACUGGGCAGGAGCACACCCUUUUCAAGUAGCCAGGAAGUCCGGAGAGAAACAAGAAGCCAAAAUGCCACUGUCUUUUGUCUGGAGAGAAAAAUAAAAAAGCAAAAGGUUAGAAAGUGAGAUAAGGACCUAGGUUAGAUAAGACUGGGUAACAGGGAAGGUUAGAAUAGAAGUAGCAUUACGCAGGUGGUCUUGAAAGAGAAAGCCCCCAAUAAGAAACUAUAAAUAAACCUUCCUUUUAGCUAUUUAGUAGUUUAAUACCAUAGUCAUACACA